UGAGAGAGAGAGAGAGAGAGAGAGAGAGAGAGAGAAGGGGGGAGGAAUAACCAAAACGCAACACGUAUCCGGUGGGAUCCCACUCACUCCUGAGAGAGAGAGAAGCGGCAGGAGUUGGAGCGAAGGGUGCAAAGGAAAGCGAGAGGGGAGAGAGAGAGAGAGAGAGAGAGAGAGAGAGAAGAGAGAAGAAGAAGAAGAAGAAAGAAGAAGAGGAGGGGAACAUUUGACAUUUUGCUCGCUACAACGCGUUUUUUUUUUUUUUUUUAAAUUAACGAAAGAGGAAUAAUGAGGAACGUGUGGAUAAUUUUGACCCUCGGGCUGAUCGUCUUCCUCUCCGGGGAAAGGAUAGCAGACGCAGCCAAGACCUCCUCUCAGGGUGAUGACUUGUACCUGGAUGACACAGGCUCAGGAGGUUACUACCCUGAAGACGAUGACGACUUUAGCUCAGGGUCUGGUUCAGGUGGAGGUGAAGAAGUGGUGGAGGAAGCAGUGACUGUCAGUAUGGUUUAUAUCGAGCCCAAUGCAGCAGAACCCACCCAGGACGCCACCAAAGAUUUCACCCCCAGGGUGGAGACAGCCACGGUCAGAGAAAAGACCAGGGACAGCACGCCCAGGAAACCAUUCAGAACAGAGGCACCAGUGCCAGUUACAGAGGACAUCCAGAGGAACCAGAUGACUAGUACGACUAGUGCCCCCGGCUCCCCCCAGGAGGCCAGUGAGGUCCGCACUGAAAACCUCUUCCAGAGGACAGAGGUGUUGGCAGCUGUUAUUGCAGGCGGCGUGAUCGGCUUCCUGUUCGCCAUCUUCCUCAUCCUCCUCCUGGUCUACCGCAUGAGGAAGAAGGAUGAGGGCAGCUACGACCUGGGAGAGAGGAAACCCUCCGGCGCCGCCUAUCAGAAGGCCCCAACCAAGGAGUUUUAUGCAUAAAAACCAUCCCGCCAUCAGAUCGGCCAAUCGCGAGCGACUGUCAAAAAAACCGCAGUCCACGACAACAGCGAACCUGUUCAAACACAACAAGAAGCAACGACAAAAUGUUUUUCAAGGUGAUUAAGGAAAAAAAUAGCAUAAAGAAAGCUUUUGCAUAGAGUAUUGUAAUUAAGACCUUUUCUUUCUUCUUAAAAAAAAAAAAAAAAAAAAAGAAAACCAAGCAUUUCUCAUUUGAUGGCAAAUCUCAGUGUAUUUAAACAUUUAAAAACAGAAAAUAGAAAAACAGGAUCAGUAAAGGCGAGGAAACUAAUCGCAUCUGUCUUCUGAGCGGUUUCUAGUCGCUGACUACUUUUAAUUGUAGCAGUAUGUUACUUGUAAAGAAAAAAACAAUUUAAAAGUGGAAAUAAUUGAAUAUAAUUAUUCUGUAUCAAUCCUACUUUCAUUUUUUAUUUUUAUUUUGUCCUAGCAUGUCUGUUGUUGAUCUCUAAAGGUGUACUACAUUAAUUUAUCUUUUCUCUGAUGUUUAAAAAAAAAAAUUGCCUUUGUAGUUUUGAUGAAGCUCUCCGGUCUUCAUAUUAACGCUGUUAACGGUCAAUGUAAAUGUUCUCCCUUCAGGUUACAAUGUUUAUUAUUUGCUCUCGCAUCAGUUUUUUUUUAGUGAGCGUUUCAUUAUGUCCUGUUUAUUUGUUUGUUCUCUUCUCAUUUUAGCCUUUUUUUUCUCUUCUUUUCAACAGCGUUUUUAUUAACACACCAGGAACAGGUCUUUAAAAGAUUUUUAAAAAAGAUAAGCGCGUCAGGGCUCGAGGAAAAAUUGCAAAUCUUGCUUCUGUUUGGUGUCUAGCCAAACUUCUCAGCUAUUUAAACGCGUUCUGUUUCACAUUGCACAUUCACUGCUCUCUGCUCCCACACUGCUGUCGUGCAGCUCUGAGCUUACGUGAGGGGUGUUUGUGGGGCGACGUUUCUUCUCCGCUGAUUGUGGUGCUUUUUGACCCAUCGCCACCUCCCUCCCCAUAUGUGUCCCCUUGAGUUUAGUGAUUGCACCCUUUCACCCACAAACAUCGCCCCCCUCACCUCACCCCUCUCUCUGUUUACCCUAACCUCCCUUGCUCCCACCAUUCUUUUUAAUCAGAUUGGAGCGCGGCCAGUCGAGUUGUCAACUGGCUCUCUUUUCACUCUACAUGGAGCCACGAGCGUCGCCUGGCUGUUAUAGUCCCUGUCCCGGUGUUGAUGCUCUAGGCCCUAAGAUCAGCUCACCGAAGGGCCGCUACUACUUGGACGCAAACACACCAGGGCCAGGGCCCGAUCCCCACACAACCCCCUCCCCUCUAGAAACGUAUCUUCUCUGUGAGGGAUUGGUAAAUAAGGCUGCACAGAAAAUGUAAGACUCCAGUGUUGUGUCUGAAUAGUCUUUGACAAGACACUCGCGUAGAGGGCUACUCAUGUUUUUGGUCGGUGGUGGCAUUUCAGAAGAGCUCCUGUCGAGAGAUUGGGCUGUUUACCAGGUUUAAAACCUGAGCUUAGCCGAAUACAAGGCCACGUAGCUACAUUAAAUGAGAACACAGCAUUCGGCCACAUGACUUUUUUUUAUUCUUACGAUACGUCGACACAAACUUUCUCUUAAGGGUAUGAAGGCGUUUUGUCCGGCAGGUUUGUGAAGUUGCCUUUUUUUUGUCAGCUGUACAGUAAUGUGAAGUAGAUGCAGUAGAUGCUGUCACAUGAUCCUGACCCCUAACACCACCCACCUGAAGCCGUACAUCUCCAUCCUUUGCCAUUCGUUUAAUCUGCCCAUGAUCCCCAUGUUGCCCACUAACCAUCCUCCUCUCCCCGUCCCUGUUGUCCGCUCUCGUCACAUAGCACCUAAGGUACUGAACCAUACUGAAAAACCCAAAGACUCACAGUAUUUCUACUCUCUGACCCCACCCCCUCCACCAUGGCCACAUCGUGUUGUUUCCUCAUUCUCUUUUUCGUCACUCUUUUAUUUUCUUUUUUUUCUUUCUUUCUUCUCUCUAUUAGAGAUCUGACCUUUGAGUCCAAUUGCUUAUUAGUAUAUGAAAAGAUAUAUAAAUAUAUAUAAAUGUAUAUUCACAAAUGUUUUAAACCUUCAAAGUGCCUACCAUUUGGAAAUGUACUUGCUCAAGGUGAGCACGAGGCGGGUGUGUACACGACGGAGGGGUGUAAACGACUUGACUGGCAUUCUGUGAGCAUGGAUGACUGUAAUGGUAACUUUUUUUUAGUCUUACAAAAGCUGACAGUAUUGUACCUAUAAGUUGAAACAACACUACUGAAUAAACAUUGUGGCCUAAUACCCAA